AUGUCGCCUAAAAUACAUGAUGAACAUCUUGCUUAUACUGGAGAAAAUGGUCAAGACUUUUAUUUUCCCUCAGCCAAUUACAAGCUAUCGCAAAGCGAAUUGAGAAAAAUUAAACAACAUUUCUCCACCAUAUCAGAUGUAUCGGGUUUGCAACUUAUAUCUUUUAGCCAUGAAGGAAUAAAAUAUGGACGGCUUAGAACAAAAGAUGGUCAUUAUAUUGGAUCAAAAUGGAUUCGUCGAAAUGAAGAUUGGUCACGAAUUAAUUACACUGUUAUGGUAAAAAUUGAAGUUGAUAUUUAUGCAAACUAUCCAAAACGACCAUCAGUAUUUGAAGUUCAAGAUUUUUAUGCUAUUGUUGAGUAUUAUUUAACAUAUGAAUUUGAAGAGUCUAAAGCGAUGUUAGCUUAUAUUCAAUGGACAUCACCUGUUGAAGAAGAUAAUAUUGGUUUAAAAUCAUUUAAGCAAUUGGGUGCAUAUGCAUUUAUUGACGCGUCUGCAAUUGAUCAUUGUGUUGGGUUUAUUGAGAUUGAAAAUUUAUUUUAUAUUGUAGACAAAGAAGUUGACAAUGAACAAUAA